AAAUUAUUCUAUAUCUUACACGUGCAAUGUUCACAAAAAAGAAGAAGAAAAAGGAGGAAAAAAAUGUGGAAAAAAGUUUUAUGGCGGAGCCUAAUUCUUGAAUCUCGUAGGUAAGGCCCACUAGUGUACUGUGUGGAGCAACACGUUGAGCUUUGUGAACCGUCUCCCCAAAUUUUGUGGUGAAUGAUAUCUGUUUCGAAGCUCCUAACUUCUGGGCUUGCUGCUUCAUUUCCCAGUGAAUUCGUGUCAGUUGGUUGGAUUCUGUGAUUUUCCUUUAUUUUUGUUCGGAGAGGCAAAUGUCGAACACGUCAAUGGCCUCAGUGGGGUGUGUGAGUUUUGUGACAGAGAGGGCUGCAUCGAUUUGGAGUGGAAGGGAUCGUCGACCCAGGUUUUCUUUCCCGGUGUAUAGGCUGAGAAUGUCUCCGGGUUGUGCUGUUUCGAAGGAUUCGAUAUUUGGGUAUUCGAGGGAAGAUUGUAUGAGGUUUUCUUUAUGCAGCAGAAGGCAGGUUUUGGGGAGUAGGGGUGUGAGAGCGAGGGGUGAGGGCUCUGUGGAAGGAGAGGAUGGUGACAGGUUAGAAGAUGCUUUUGACGCCACAAUUGAGAAGAGCAAGAAGGUUCUUGCUAUGCAAAGGGACCUGCUUCAACAGAAUGAAGGACAUGAGGAUCCAAAAGUUGGAAGGGAGCAAGAUUUUGAUGUUGGGGCUACUUCUGUUAGUGUUACUUUUAAUAUAUCAAUUGCUGAAAGAAGGAAACUGGUUUCAUCUAUAAAAAGUAGUAUAAUUAACCCAGAAGACAAUGAAGUUUCUUAUAAAGACAGAGACAGCUCUUUUCCAAAUAUGGAUCUGACCUCAACUGGUGACAGUGGUGGCGAUGAAGACUAUAAUGGCGGCAUUCUUUCUGGAAACUAUGUUCAUUCAAAUGCAGACAAGGUGCCAGCAGCCCUGUCUUCAGCUACUAGUAGAGGUUUUGGGGAAGGCGAGAAGGAACUUGGAAAAGACUUGUCUCUUGAAAAUCCUUCCUUGGAUUUAGAGGCCCCCAAACAGUUGAAAGACACUAGUCCAAAGACAGUUUGGUCUGAUCCUCUUCCAUCAUUUCUUUCAAAAUCCGUGGAAACAGCCAGUCCAAAAGAGGAAAAGCAAGAAGAUUUUAGAGAAUUGAGUUCAGAGGAGGUGAAUAAUGAGGCAGCUGUUUCUAUGGGUGAAGAUGUUAAGCCCCCUCCUUUGGCAGGGACCAAUGUCAUGAAUAUAAUAUUGGUAGCUGCUGAAUGUGCUCCUUGGUCUAAAACAGGUGGGCUUGGAGAUGUUGCUGGGGCUUUGCCAAAGGCUUUGGCUCGGCGUGGGCAUAGAGUCAUGGUUGUGGCACCUCGAUAUGGUAAUUAUGCUGAGGCCCAAGAAACUGGAGUUCGGAAGAAGUAUAAAGUGGAUGGGCAGGACAUGGAAGUAACUUACUUCCACGCCUAUAUCGAUGGUGUGGAUUUUGUUUUUAUCGAUAGUCCCAUGUUUCGCCAUAUUGAAAAGAAUAUAUAUGGAGGAAACCGAAUGGACAUUUUAAAGCGCAUGAUUUUAUUUUGCAAGGCAGCUGUUGAGGUUCCUUGGUAUGUCCCAUGUGGUGGUGUCUGCUAUGGAGAUGGGAAUCUAGUUUUCAUUGCCAAUGAUUGGCAUACUGCAUUGUUGCCAGUAUAUUUGAAGGCAUAUUAUCGGGACAAUGGUUUAAUGCAAUAUACAAGAUCAGCUCUUGUAAUUCAUAACAUAGCCCAUCAGGGACGUGGACCAGUGAAAGAAUUCAUCUAUACAGAUCUUCCUGAGCACUACUUGGACCUUUUCAAAAUGUACGACCCUGUCGGAGGUGAGCACUUCAACAUCUUCGCAGCUGGGCUAAAGACAGCAGAUCGUGUGGUUACUGUCAGUCAUGGAUAUGCCUGGGAGCUGAAAACUUCAGAAGGUGGUUGGGGCUUGCAUCAGAUCAUAAAUGAGAAUGACUGGAAACUGAGGGGUAUUGUGAAUGGGAUUGAUGUGAAAGACUGGAACCCCGAGUUGGACAUUUACUUAAAAUCUGAUGGUUAUGUUAACUACUCCCUCGAGACACUUCACACUGGGAAGCCCCAGUGCAAGGCAGCAUUACAGAAGGAGCUUGGUUUGCCCAUCCGUGAGGAUGUCCCAUUAAUCGGGUUCAUUGGUAGGUUGGACCAUCAGAAAGGUGUUGAUCUCAUAGCUGAGGCAGUUCCUUGGAUGGUGGGUCAGGACGUGCAGCUGGUCAUGUUGGGCACAGGGAGAAAUGACCUGGAACAGAUGCUGAGGCAGUUUGAGAGCCAACACCAGGGCAAAAUCAGGGGAUGGGUUGGUUUUUCUGUCAAGAUGGCUCACCGAAUAACUGCUGGUGCAGACAUUUUGCUUAUGCCAUCUAGAUUUGAGCCUUGUGGACUGAACCAACUAUAUGCUAUGAACUAUGGAACCAUCCCAGUUGUUCAUGCUGUUGGCGGGCUGAGAGACACUGUGCAGCCUUUUGAUCCGUAUAAUGAAUCAGGAUUAGGUUGGACAUUUGACAGGGCUGAGGCAAACAGAUUGAUACAUGCGCUGGGGAAUUGCUUGCUGACUUACCGACAGUACAAACAGAGCUGGGAAGGUCUCCAGAGACGAGGGAUGAUGCAAGACCUCAGCUGGGACCAUGCUGCACAGAAUUAUGAGGAAGUCCUUGUUGCUGCCAAGUACCAGUGGUGAGUCUUUUGACCCUUGGUGUGUAUAAUAUCUCAACUUCUGCAAACACUUCCUGAACAGGCUGUUGCAUUUGGGGUUCAUCCAUACUAGAGACAUGCCAAUGCCCCUGCUCAUUAGGGGAAAGAAGCUUCGAAGUUGUUUUCUCAGCAGUCAGUAUUUCUUCACUCUUGCUUUUUUGGAUUAGUUGGGAUUAGAUUCUGAUUUCCGUUAUUUCUCAUUUCUCUAGUUGAAUUAAUCCUUAAGUCCAGAGGUUGAAUGCAAUGGCUGAACUUUUAGUCCCUAAAGCCAGAAUAUGUUCUCUACUUAGUGGUUUUGACUUUUGAGUUGCUGUGAAUAAACAAUAAUCAUUUUGUGAAUAGGAUUUAAGCAUGUAUUUGAAUUCAUUUGCUCCAUUUAUCACUUCUUCAUGA